UUCCGAGCUACGGGGCGCAGUUUCUAUGGAAACCUCCGCCUGUGCUAAAAAAGGACUGGGUUGGCAAGCGGCCUCGCUCGCUCCUACGAGUCUCGAAUCCAAAGCCUGGAGGGAACCCCGGGGCUUAGGCAUCCUCCCGCGGCCCCCGCUUGCGCGCUGCUGGAUUGCAUUGCUGCUUCGCGACACCUCCUCGGCUGCGUGGUGUGUGCUUGCAUCCCAAGCUCUGCGCAUAAUAAACGUGACUCUACCGCCGCCGGCCCGUCCCCUCUACCUGGAAAGAUCCCCGCCCUCGAGGCGCCACACUGCAACUGCUCCCCCCGCUUCUCCGCCGCCUUGCACGGAGCCUGCCUCCUCCCGCUGCCCCCACCACCUCUGCACUCCUUCACACGAGCCGCGUUUCCUUCCCCUGCCCGAUCCCCUCCCAGUCACGCUCUCUCCUCCCCCCUCCUCCCCAAGCAAGGACGGCGAGACUGCGGCUGAGCGGGCGCGCUUCUCUGCUGCGGCGACGCGGACGGCCCGGCUAGCUUCGCCUGUCCCUGCCCGGACGAGACCCCCGCCUGCCUCCCGGGCCGCCCCCAUCGCCCGCCCAGCCCCACAUCAUGAUCCCGCCGCGGGAGCCGAUGCCCGGCCGCGCGCGAGUAGCGCGGAACAGCGCGAGGAUGGGAGCGGGGGGGCAGACUCUGUGAGGCCGGCGCUCCCGGCUCCUUCGCCCCCGAGCCCCGUCGCAGGCAGCAUACCGCUGCUCACCCCGCCGCCGGCAGCCCUCCAGCGAGCCACAGGUCUGGGCCCGGGAGCGGGUGGCGGCCGUGUGGGUCCACGCAGGGCAGGGAGGCGAGGGAGCGGGACUGGGAGCCCGGGAAGAGGCGUGUGCAUGCUUGGGGUGCAGAAGGAGCGCGGGGAGCUGCAGAAGGCGCUACGGGGGGCCCCGCAGGGAGAAGUGGGCGCGCUGCCUCCUGGGCCCCUGAAAGUGAAACCAUGUGGCCCAGCGCGUCUUCCCCACUUCUGGAAACCGCUGUAGGGUAGGAUUGGAACUCAGUGCCGACCGCUCUGUGGGGCUUAGGUGGCCCCGUUCUGCCGCGUCUGGGAGGAUCUCUGCCCUGCGUGAAGGGAUGUGGCGCUAAACGACGUACAUUCAGCCUGGCUUCUCUGGCUCGCCCUGUGAGUUUGUGGGCUUUGCUGAGGCUUGCCUCGAGCCUUGGUUCAAAUGUUUGCUGGAGUUUCGCUACUCGAAGCCUGGGCUUAACGGAAUCUUGGCUGCUGGGCGGGGAUGCGCUUGAACUGCUGCCUCUUGAGUUGCUCUGUCAGGUUGCCAUCAUGUGCCUUGUAUGUCCUAAAAUGAACGCAGGAGCUGAAGGCUUCGCAAGCGGUUGGGUAAACAGCACCUUCUAACUUCGACUGUGCUAGGAUUAAUGAAGGUGUCGUGGGAAAGGGAUAGCGACACUUUAUUUUUUUGGUCAGGGCAAGCAUAUUGAAACCCCGGCUGUUAGGUGGGAGUGAGCUCAGUGUUUCUUGAGGCGAGUGUGCUUUGUGGCAGCUUUGCUUCCGUUCUCCUUCAUGAGGAGAAAAACAUCGAUUUGGAGCUCAGUACGCCAAGAGGCAAACAAAAAUUCAUAGCGUCCUGAGUUUAGGGCUAAACUACUGAAGACCCUGCAAUAAAAUCCUGCAUAUGUUUACUCAGAAGUAUGUCAGAUGGAUGCUAGUGUAGACUUUCCCCCAGCAAGUGUGCUUAGUAAACUGCAGUUCUGCAGCCGAAUCCCAAUGCAUAAGUAAUGUUGCAAUCCUAAGCCCUAACUCCACUUACCUGGGUGUAUACUGCUCGGGAUUGAGCAGACAGGGUGAAGAUGGCACUCCAAGUGUAUUUAGGAUUGAACCUUAAACAUAUUCCAUCCUGUUAUCUAUCAUCUUUCUACUCACCAUUUAAAUGCUGACAGUUAUUUGGUCUGGAUAAAAAGAGAGCAUGUUCCCAACAAGUGUGUGUGCAUAUGUGCAUGUGUAGGCUGGAAUUUGAACUGCUGAGGCUGGGAGAUUUGCAGAAGAAAACAAGAUGCAUAUUAAAUGCGUAGCUGGCCAAGGGGAUUGCUUGCAUCUGAGACAUGAGAGUGCUUGGGCAUGAAGUUAUUGCUGGACAUGACUUUAUAAGGGAAUAUGAAAUUCUGUUAAGAGGCAUGCUGGUACAAUUUGUGGGAACAAACCAACUUCAUAUGAAACAUGAAUAGGGCACUGUGUUCACUCUUUAAUCUUUUGACUCAGGCAUGGUUCCACCCCAUUCUCCCCCAAAACAAUAAUUUCUCUCCAAGGUCUCAGGUGAUCACAACUGGAGAUGAGAAUAUUGUGUGAAAUGCACAUGAAGAAGUUUCUCUGGUGGUGCUUCAGUGGAAGGGUUUUGUUUUCAAGCUCAGAAUCUUAAAUACUGAGCCUUGGAAGAAGUAGGGCUUGCAAAUGAUUAUUGGGUAGUGAAGGAGCCUGGGGUAGGAUGUCACCUCCCCUUGGAGCCAGCAACACAGCAGGGAUGCCUUUGAGCUGCCUCCAUGUGUUAUGCUCAGCCCACCUUUUCCCAUACAGACAUCUCUGGCAAUGCUACAAGUUGCUGACUAGUGCUUACUGCCCAUGCUGCGUUAUUUUGAAUACGAUGGUGGGCAGUCUUCUGACAACUCACAGCGCUGUUUUCAGGAUCUGGAGUGCAAGGAUUUGUGAGGACUGAUGUAGUGUAGCAGAUAAAGUGUGAGAUGUGAGUCAAACACCUCUUCCUGCAACUUCAACUCUUCGUAUGCAUGGGGAUUAUAACACUGGACAGCCUUGCAGGGCUGUUGCUUAGAUUACUGAGAUAAUUUAUGUUAUGUUUUGAAAUGCUUUAAAUGUGCUACAUAAAUGCUUAAGUAUUCUUAAGGAAAGCUGAGUAUUGGUGCAAAGUGCAAGGGCCAAGAGGCAGAGCAGGAGGAUGUGUGGGCAUGGCAGGGAACAUACAGGAGAACUGUCCACUAUUAAAGUUGCAGACUUUUUUUCCUGGCAGGACUCCUGUGCCUUUAAAGGUUUCAUGAUAGACAGAGAUUUGGGCUGCACACACACCCCUGCCAAGAAUCCUGGGAACUGUAGUUUGUUAAGGGUGCUGAGAAUUGUAGCUCUGUGAGGGGUAAACUAUAGUGCCCGGGAUUCUUUGGAGGGGGAGGGAUGUGAUUAGAACAGGGGUCAGCAAACUUUUUUAGGAGGGGGCCGGUUCACCUCCCCUCAGACCUUGUGGUGGGGCGGACUGUGCGCAUGCAUGUGUGCAUGCAGCGGAGGGAGGCAUCUCUCUCCCCCCUCCUCUCCCCCUGCUUUCCUACCUCCUCCGCCACUCUGCCUGCGGUUGGGAGCCAGUGGCCGUGGCGGCACCCCUCCUAUCCAGGCCACAUUUCCUGGGCGCCAGGUGCGGGGCCAGCUACACUGGUUUUAUUUCUGCCUGCCAUGCGGUUGUAAAAGCCAUAGGAGGAGACAAAAAGAUGGUGAUUCUAAGUCUUUGCCAAGGUGGUUUACAACGUGCCACAAAGCAAGAACUUGAAGUGCAAGGUUUGGAUUUGUAGGGCAGUCCUAUACAUGUUUUAACACCACUGGGAUAGUUCAGUCAGUAGAGCAGGAGACUCUUAAUCUCAGGUCGUGGGUUCGAGCCCCACUUUGGGCAACUCUACAAUUCUAUGGUUCUAAGAGGUGCUCCGUAAUGAACAUGUUUAGGAUUGAUGGCAAGGUACAUUCAUGACUUGAGCAACUCCAUACUGUGUGGGAAGGCAGAAGACCCCAGCCUUAGAGAAACAAGCAGUUUGAAGUUUGCUGAUGUAGUAACAGAGGUAAACAUAAGUGUAAGGGCAGUGUGGAGAUGCAUAGGCGGGAGGAGUGGAGAGUGUGUUGGAUCUGCCUGUUGCAUAGGCAGGUUGGAGCAAGCUAGGUGGACUUCAAACCUAUGGGAUCUGCUGUGUUUUUUUACUAGAACCCCAAAAUCCACCAACCAGUGCCAGGUACAACUAGUGGCUCAGCCAGGUGGACAUAUGCUAAGGAUGGAGGAAUAGGGUGCUUUGUCUGAACGCAUGCUCAGCACAGGAAUUAGCAAUCAGUACCAAAACCUAGCACAGAAGUCCUUUCACACAAAAUUCCACCCCUCGGUCCCCACAUAAACAACUACCUGACUUUUAGAAGACAUCUGAAGGCAGCCCUGUAUAGGGAGGUUUUUAAUGUUUUAUGUUUUACUGUGCUUUUAUCAUUUGUUGAACGCUGCCCAGAGUGGCUGGGGCAACCCAGUCAGAUGGGCAGCACAUAAAUUUAUUAUUAUUAACAUUAAUAUCCAAGAACCUAAUGUAAGGGUGAGAUGAGGGACUUUUUACUUCUUGCUAUUAUUAGACAACUGUGAGUCAGAAACCUUUGCCAGUCAACCAGAGAACUGGUAAGUGCUGCUGAUAUGCUCUCUGCUCACCCUGGGGUUAAAGGACUCCAGCGUCCAGCAAGGAGUGGAGCGUCAAAAUGGUGGCACUUCUCUCUGGCUCCCCACCGCAUUUCCUUUCCAGUGUGUUGAAACUCCCUAGCCCCUCAUUGGCCUACAGUUACUAUGGAAACCUACCCAGUGGGUUGUAGUUUGGAAUAAGGUCAAAUGGGGAUUUCUUUCAGGCUUCUCUCCUUCUGAGGAAGCGAGAACAUAGUUAAGCGAUGCCACCUUUUGUCAGAGAAUCCUUGUCACCCUCAUAUGUAGGUAGUAAUUCAUCUCAACACAUGCCUGUUUCCUCACAGGCUGAACUGAAGCAAAACAAAGCGCCUGUGUGGGGUUCAUGAAAUUAUUCAGAUAGGUGAAAAAGCAAAAACAUUGACACAGUGCAUGGGACAAAAUGUCCCCCUCAAAGGAAAUGAGAUCUCUGUGGUAGAUGUUCUGGGAGGCACUAUUGUUCACAUCUCAGUUGCCUUCAGCUGCCUUAACCUCACCUUCCCAGUUGAACCACAUUUCCUCUCUAGGAAGCUGCCAUACCUUGAGUCAGAUCAUCAGACCAUUGCUCCAUCUAGUUCAGUAUUGUCAACACUGACUGGCAGAAGCUCUCCAGGGUUUCAGGGAGGCCUCCGAGCCCUACCUGGAGCUGCUGGGAAUUGAACCUGGGACUGUAACUAGAUCCCUCAGUGCACAGUGGCCACUCACAUAGCUCUCCCAUCUCUGUCCUGGCUGCGUGUACUUACACCCUGCUCUGCUUCGACUCACAGAGCCUGACUGCCAAAAUGCUGAUCAAGGAAUAUCACAUUCUGCUGCCCAUGAGCCUGACAGAGUACCAAGUGGCUCAGCUCUACAUGAUUCAGGUAACCUCGGUGUUGAAUGAGCUGGUGGGUGCCUGCGUCAGAUGGGUGUGGCUCAAGCCCUGUGAUCGACAGGGCUGGGUGGGUGGGGGUCAGAAGCUGAGCAGGGCUGAGUGAUGCAAGAGUGGGGUUGUAGGGUGAGGGAUGUUGUGGGGCACAGGCUGAGCAGAGCUGGCUCUCGUGCUCCCUAGAAGAAGAGCCGUGAGGAGUCGAGCGGCGAGGGCAGUGGGGUGGAGAUCCUGUCCAACCGGCCCUACAGCGAUGGCCCAGGCGGCAGCGGUCAGUAUACACACAAGAUCUACCAUGUGGGCUCUCACAUCCCUAGCUGGUUCCGUGCCCUCCUACCCAAGGCAGCUCUGCAAGUGGAGGAAGAGUCCUGGAAUGCCUAUCCUUACACGCGCACCAGGUAAAAUGGGGGCAAACCUUGGCAGGGGAGGGGGAAAGCUGAGGGGGCUGUAUCCUGACCAGAGGCUGGGGCCUGAGAGCUCAAGGCAGGUGGGGGCAAGGCUGCCAGUUUCACCGCCUUCCCCCUGCAGAUACACCUGCCCCUUUGUGGAGAAGUUUUCUAUUGAGAUUGAGACCUAUUACCGACCAGACGCUGGGAAACAGAACAAUGUCUUCAACCUGAGUGCUGUGGAACGCAGGCAAAGGAUUCUGGGUGAGUGUUCAGAGAUGGGGCAUCCCCUCCCCUUUUUGUGUUAUGGAGGAUGUUGCUGGACAUGUUGGUGCUGCCAUACAGAGUACCUGGGGCAGGGCAGGUGGGUGAGGCUAGUGAGGGAUCUCUGGUGAUGUUUUGUGGUGAGGCGAUUUAGGUUCAGGUUUAGUUCAUUGCAUGUAGUGUGUCUUUCCUGUAGGGGAUGGGUGGGGAACCUCCCCUGCCUUGCCCCACCAGGUUCCCUUGGGGGAAGGUGGUCAGCACAUACAAGCAGAAGACAGGGCUAAAUGCAUACGCAAGUGCACACCCUGUUCUCCCUGGCUCUCACACUCACACGCCCCAUUCAUGUGCACACAUGUUAAGAAUUCAGGACCGGAAGGAGGAAAACGGGACUCCUAACAGAAGGUGUUCAGGAGGAAGAGGCAAAGGAAUGUCUUUGCUAGGGGUCUGAGCAGACUCUGGGACUUGGGAGGGAAGGGCAGGCUCCACAUCGGAAGGAAAUCUGUCUUACUUUCUGACGGAGGCCGGGGGCUUGCUUCCAACUCACCCCCCCCUCUGCUUACUCACAGACACAAUUGACAUUGUGCGGGACCCCAUCUCACCCGGCGAAUACAAGGCGGAGGAAGACCCACGGCUUUACCACUCAGCCAAAACAGGACGUGGGCCUUUGGGAGAUGACUGGCUGGAGAAUGCAGCCGCGGGACCACUCAUGUGCGCCUACAAGCUUUGCAAGGUGGAGUUUCGCUACUGGGGCAUGCAGUCCAAGAUUGAGCAGUUCAUCCAUGAUGUAGGUAAGCUUAUGAGGAUGCUGCCCACUUUCCCGUCUGCUACAGACUUACCAACGAGUGGGUUGGGCUAGGGCAGCAGUGGGGAACCUGUGGACCUCUUGAGGUUGCUGAACUCCCAUCAUCCCUGACCACUGGUACCAUUUCCUCACACUGGCAGUAUUCAGUCAGUACUUCUCAGCUGAACUGUCCCUUCUGUUCACACUUCACCAAAGCUGUUUUGGUGUGAAAUUGGGUUUAAUAACUGCCCAAAGAUCCAGCAGCAAUUCCAAGCGUCUCUUGGAAAACUUGCAUUGAAGGAGUAAUUUGGGAUGUUUCAAUAUUCAGUGUAAUUUUGUUUAUCUGAUAUGAAAAGGAAUGAUUGGAUUGCCUGUUAUUUUCAAAGGCAGCAUCCUCUCCAUAUUCCUCUACUAGUUGCAAGGGAUAAUGCAAGUGUUUAUUUGUGGCCCACACCUUCUAAACCAGGCUUCCUCAACCUCAGCCCUCCAGAUGUUUUUGGCCUACAACUCCCAUGAUCCCUAGCUAGCAGGACCAGUGGUCAGGGAUGCUGGGAAUUGUAGUCUCAAAACAUCUGGAGGGCUGAGGUUGAGGAAGCCUGUUCUAAACAAGUGGGAACCAUAACUGCAAUUCCUGUGGUCUCCGUUGAGAUGAUGGGCUGCCUUUCUUCACACCACUGCCACAAGUACUGGCCAGUCUGCCUCUGCCAAAGCUCUGGAGUUAGCCUCAAGAUCUGGCUGAACCAAGGGCCAAGCGAGGGAUCUGAUUUGUUUGCUCUUUGGUGUGUGGGAUGCACUUCCUGAUGCUGCUGUUCUCCAAGUGUUGUGCAGCCCCACCCCUCAACAAAUUGGAGGUGGUAUCCCAGUGAGCUGCUCAUGUCCUGGGAGAAAGCAGGCAGGUAGUUGAAGAAGGACAUUGCGAGAGAGGCAGCAAGAGUACCUGUGACUUAGAGAGAGAGAGAGAGAGAGAGAGAGAGAGAGAGAGUCAUGCUGACAAAAGAGGGACUGGUGCCAAGAGCACAAUUAAAGUAGGGCUCAAAGUGCAAAAGUCUCUAGGAAAGGUGGCAGGACAGAGGUGCCAUAAAAUAGUAAUUGGCUAUUAAGCUCAGACACAGUUUGUGGGACCCUUGCUUAGGUCAUGCUAUGGGAUAUGCUAUAGAAAAUCUCAUCAAAACUGUGUGGUAGGCUCAUAAAGGAAAACUGUGCGUAACAAAUGAAGCAGAGUUAGAAUCUGUCCUUUUUUAGAAACACUAUGCAAAUUAGUUCCUGGCGUGUCCUGAAUUUGAAUUUGUGUUUAAUCUUGCACCAGCAACUUCCAGCUUUGAAGUGGUGCCUAACCUUGCACCAGCAAACACCCCACUGCUUGCUUGCUUGCUUAGCUUGGUCCCUGCAUGCUACAAUGAUGUUAGUGGUGUGAAGAAUUAUGAGGGAGGCAAACUGUCUCCAUGGACUGUGUAUAGAUUUUUCACUUGGUUUGGAGCGCAGAGCUCUGAAUUUCCGAGACAGAGACUUCAGAUUGAAAUAAUUAUCUGUGAGAAAUUUUGUUCACUCUAAAUGUGAAGCUGGAUUGCCAAAAGUUUUAUCUCACUUGAACUUAAAUGAAACUCUUUUCAUUAUGAUUUUCAAACAGUACAAAUACAAUUAAUACUCAAACGAAAACUAAAAGGGGAAAAUAAAAAUAGGGAAAGGGGACACGAGGAAGAUAGAUGGGUUAAAGUGCUUGACCAUACAAAUGGGAAAGAUAAAUAGUAAAGAACCGCUGGCUACAAUACAUAAGUCUCAAGAAAAGCUGACUAAAUGUUCUUGUAUUUAUCUUCUUUGCGUUUGGUGUUGAUAAAUUGCCAGUUCAUAGGAGGGCAAGGGAGUGUUAAUCCAUUGUUAUGUGAAAAGCAGCAACUGCUUCCCGUGUUAAAGCACUAUGUACUUGACUGACCCUAAUGUAUGCAUAAUCCAUAGUCCAUGGCAUAAUAAUAAAUUCUAAGAUGUGUGGAUGUUAUUCCUGAGGAGUUGCUGGGUUAGCCUCUUGCAGCAAAAACAACAGAGCCAUGUGGCAUCUUAAAGACUAACAAAUUUACUGUGUCAAUGCUGGACCCUUUCAUGCAUCUGAUGAACUGGACACUAGUCCACUAAACCUUGUGCCACAAUGAAUGUGUGAGUCUUUGAGAUGCAUAUCUUUGAAAUGUAGUGAGAUUUCCAGGACUAAAUUAUCAAUUGCCAAGAUUUCACUCCAAAGGGCUUAUAACUGGGUAGGUUUGCAGCCUGUGGAUAAGGAAUCCAAUUUCUGUCCCACAUCUCCAGCACCUCUGGUAUGAGUUUCUGCUCAGUGAUAAAGUUGGGAAAAAUUGAAACUUUCCCCCUAGUAAUUCCCUUAAGGAAAAAUCAUGGUUUAGCUCCAAUCUACAUGGAAUCUCAGUUUUACAACACUUAACUUUGUCGCACAAAUUUAGUGCAUAUGUGUGUGAAUUGGGUCUAAGUCUUCUUUGAUAUUCCAUGAAAGCCUGCCCAAAUUCAACUGUACUAUAUUGUCAGAAUACUUUUUGAUGCCAGUGUUUCCAAGUAAGUAAGGGAAACAGCAAUUCAGUUGUCAUGUCGGGGGUGGGGGUGGGGGACUCCACAGGGGAGUGCAAAACCAAAGGCACAAGAUCUGAUUUGCUCCACUUAACAGAAUAGCCUGAUGAUGUAGCUGAAUUCUUGAAUGGAGCCUGUUGAAGCAAGAAUUGCUUUUGUCAGAUCUGAAACAAAAACCAGUGCACUAUCUGCAUGUAAUCCCAACUUGAAUUCCUCCCAUACCGGCCCCCAAAUUUAAGCCCUUGGUCUCAUCAAAAUUUCAAAUGGCCAAUGGUUCCAGGAAUAAAUUUAAAAAAAGGUGUAAAUGACCAUCCCAGUUGAGUAACCCUUUGCAGCAAAAACGGUUGUGAACAGAUGCCAUUUGUGAUGACACAGGUGUUAGGUGUGGUAUAAAGAGUUUCUAUCUAUGCAGAAAUUCUUUUUGGAGGGUGGGGAGUCCAAAGGCUGACAGGAUGGCUUGUAUGGAUUUCCAAUUGAUUUGGUGGAAUGCCUUUGGAGGAUGGAUGGCGGCUAAUGGAUUGAAGUUGAAUCCUGACAAGACAGAAGUACUGUUUUUGGGGGACAGGGGGCGGGCUGGUGUGGAGGACUCCCUGGUCCUGAAUAGGGUAACUGUGCCCCUGAAGGACCAGGUGUGCAGCCUGGGAGUCAUUUUGGACUCACAGCUGUCCAUGAAGGCGCAGGUCAAUUCUGUAUCCAGGGCAGCUGUCUACCAACUCCACCUGAUACGCAGGCUGAGACCCUACCUGCCCGCGGACUGUCUCGCCAGAGUGGUGCAUGCUCUAGUUAUCUCCCGCUUGGACUACUGCAAUGCGCUCUACGUGGGGCUACCUUUGAAGGUGACUAGGAAACUACAACUAAUCCAGAAUGCGGCAGCUAAACUAGUGACUGGGGGCGGCCGCCAAGACCACAUAACACCGGUCUUGAAAGACCUACAUUGGCUCCCAGUACGUUUCCGAGCACAAUUCAAAGUGCUGGUGUUGACCUUUAAAGCCCUAAACGGCCUCGGCCCAGUAUACCUGAAGGAGCGUCUCCACCCCCAUCGUUCUGCCCGGACACUGAGGUCCAGCGCCGAGGGCCUUCUGGCGGUUCCCUCAUUGCGAGAAGCAAAGCUACAGGGAACCAGGCAGAGGGCCUUCUUGGUAGUGGCGCCCGCCCUGUGGAACGCCCUCCCAUCAGAUGUCAAAGCGAUAAACAACUACCUGACAUUUAGAAGACAUCUUAAGGCAGCCCUGUUCAGGGAAGUUUUUAAUGUGUGAUAUUUUAGUGUAUUUUUGGUUUCUAUGAAAGCCGCCCACCCAGCCAGAUGGGCGGGGUACAAAUAAUAAUAAUAAUAAUAAUAAUAAUAAUUCUCUGUAUCUAUCGACAAAAUUGCUUCUUUUUAUUAUCUCAGCAAAGGGUUAUCAGAUCUUUUAGCAGCUUUGUGUUGUCUGUGCCUUGGCAUUACGGAUUGCCUGCUUCUUCAGGGGGAACUGAAAGUAGAAGCAGCCUGCUGCAGGCGUUUAGCUAAGAUGUCAAGGUUUUAUUUAUUAAAGAAAUAGACUGAUCAUUCACAUAUGACAAUAGAUCCUUCAUGACUUGAUGAAGCACCAAAAUAUAAGCUUCUCUGAGUGAUGGUUCCUUUAUGAACCAUCCGACCAGAUGGUUCCUUGCCAGAAGCAGUACGCUUAAUUUGCUUUUGCAUUGUUUAUUAAUUGCCUCCAGGGAAAUGUUGGGUGAGGUGAUAGGGUGGUGAAAAGGAAGGCAUGGCAUUGUCAGAUAAGAGUUUCUUCCAGUAUGACAGACAGGAUUCCUGCCUGCUUUUACCCAUAGAUAUUUCCUGCAAAAACAGUGUGGUUAUUGGAUUUUGGCUUAGGCUUAUUCCUUUUUCAGACUCACUACUGAACUCAGAAUUGGGAUUGGGCUGUGAGGGUUAUGCAUGCCUUCUCGCUUCCCUCUCCUGCAUUUUACUAGCGAAGGCUGAGGCAAGCUGAUAUAUCAUUCACACAGUUAACAAUUGCAUAAAUGGUUUUUAGAACGUGAGUUGCAAGUGCAGGAAGCCCAAUCCAGAAUGGAGCCCUCGUUCGCGGUGGGGUGGUGACAGCGGCAGGGGUAUACCUUUGACCCUUGUUACAGUCCGGAGUGGGGCACCCAUGCCUGCUAUUUACAUUGGUAUGGGAAAUUUCCCCCCCAAUGCAAAUUGCUGGCCUAGAACCCCACCCCCACCCCCAAUUCAGAUUGCGGCUUUAGGCAGGGACAAAGGGUUAUAGCCCCACAUAGUCUCCAUGCCAGAGUUCUGAUCUGGAGGAAACCCCCCCCCCCUUUACUUAAAAAAUAAAUUCACAGUUGCAGAUUGAAUGGAUCUAACUUGGCACUUAACUUUCUGUGCUUUGGGGUUUGGUUUUAAAACCAGCCUUUCAAAAGGAGAGCAGAUUCAUUCCUAGUCACAAUUUUAACCAGGGUUGAUGAUGGCUGAAAUAUAAUGGCAAGAUGAGAUAGAGAAGGAUAGGUGCGUGCAGCGCUGGUCUGCCCAUGAGGUUGAGUGAAGCAGCCACCUUGGGCACCAGAAACCCCUGGUGGAGUGGUUCCCAUGCACCCCUGGAAAAGUGGUGCCAGCAUUGGUGCUGAUUUCUGGCAAGAUCUCAUCAAUCCCGCCAGCAACAUGCAACCUAGGAAAGGGAUGCUUUGGCAGCAUUAGGUCAGGCCGGCACUUCCUGUUUGGCUUCAAGCAGCGAAGCUGAAUGUGUGAGUGGGAUCCACACACAAGCAGGGAUAGGGCAUUUAAUCCAAUGGCCUCCCAAUUUUCUAAAUUUGGUUUAUCUUGUUAAUCUGAACUGGACCUUAAUGCUUUCCUUAGCUUUGAGGGAAAUGGGCGAUGGAAACAUUUAAAGGUAUAAUAUCUAAUGCUGGUAUUGUCUCAUAAUGCACUGGGAGCUGGAGCUAGGCCUGAUGAUAAAGAAAGCUAAUGGUUCCUGGGGGGAGAAGAGCAAGUGGCCCCAUGGUUUGUGGCAUCCCCUGUAGGUCUGCGGAAGGUGAUGCUCCGGGCCCACCGCCAGGCCUGGUGCUGGCAGGAUGAAUGGAUAGAUCUCACCAUGGACGACAUCCGGAGGCUGGAGGAAGAGACGGCACUCAUGCUGGCUCAGAAAAUGGCCAAGUGCAUUGAGCCCGACGCAGGGCCUGCAGUGCCCAGUCCUGAGAGCCCGGCUGAGCUGGGUGGCUGCGAGAAGCAGGACCGAGUCGACAACCUAAGGGCUCCUGAUUCCUCUCCAGAUGAUCCAUUUGCCAAGCAGUGGUCGUCGUCUUCUCGGUCAUCGUAUUCUUCUCAGCAUGCUGGUGAGCAGUCAUUUCCAGCAAAUGGAGGGAGCAAAUGGCAGUGUAGCGGGAAGGUGUGAGGAGGAUAUAGAGGGUUUUCCCUCCUGCCCCUUCUUUUGGGUGUAAGAGAGUUAUACUGCUGCUGGAGGUAGGCUUUUGGAUGGGCAUAUUGGAGAGUGUCCAUUUUAGUGACACACUUUUUCUCUCUCUCCUUUCCUUUCCUUUCCUCUCCUCUCCCUCAUACACCCCAAUAUUGUGUGUGUGUGUUCACACCCUAAAAGUAUGGGGAGACAUAUCUCCAUAUGCACGCUUGUACAUUUUAAAAGGAAAAAAGUGUAACGGUUCCCUUCUGAAAUAAAUUUUACCUGCCGUUGUUUGUAAUUAAGCUUAAUCAAUUUCAUGGCUCGUUCUCUUGUACUAGAUGAACAGUAGCUGCUGCUGCUUUUUUAAAUUAGGAAAACAGAGAGGGCAGACUUCCUAUUGUGAAACUUCCUCUUCUUAGUCAUACAGUAGUAAGCAACCGAUGCUGAGUGUCGGAGCUGCAGUAAGGGUGAAAUUGCCCCCAUUGUUCCACAUACAUAAUCUCCUAUAUAUACCCUAGGAUAAGAAGCUAACUGUUGCUUGCAUGGGGAAAACUUUGGGGUUAUUUUUUAAUGUCAGCAUUGGGAGCAAGUUAAGCUUGCUUUAGAUAUGAGGAUAGUUUUUGGUUUUUUUACCUCUUGGUCAUAAACUCUAUGCUUGAUGCCCCUACAGCUGGAGUAUCUCCUCACAGCUUAUCAGAGUGGCGGAUGCAAAAUAUUGCACGGGAUUCUGAAAACAGCUCUGAAGAGGAAUUCUUUGAUGCUCAUGGUAUGCAGUACUGGGUACAGGAGGGUUCUGUGCACGCAUCUGUUUUUGAGAGGGCUGAGAGCUAUGGGUGUCUGUUGCUGUUGGUUCUGACAGUUGCCACUGCAAGCAUGUGGAGGCUGGUCUACAGGGACCUGUGUGACCCGGCCCUCUGUGGGCUUGGAGUUGUGUUUGUUUAUAUUUAUCUUUCAAUCACCUUCCCAGAUUCAUCCGACUUGUGUAGAUUGGGGAAGAUAAAAAUCUCUGGUUUUUUUACUCUCUAAAGAGGAAUGCACACACAUGCAAAGGCAGACCUUUUUGUUCAUAGGAAACGUGCAUGUUUUGCAUGUGUAAUGCUCCAAGUUUAUAGGAAACAUAGGAAGCUCCCUUCCACUGAGACACACCAUUGGCCCAUAUUGCUCAGUAUUUACACCAGAGAUUUUCAACCUUUUUGAGUCCAUGACUCCCUUGACCAACUACCUUCUUCCUGUGGCACCCCUGUGGGGCUCAGGAGCCUAGUUAUGUCACCCUUUGCCUGCAGAGCUAGCAGCCUCUCACCCUUUUUCAAACACCCUCCCUUGUGGAGUCUUCCCUCAGCCUCCUCUCCUCUCCCCUCUCAUUGGGAUUCCUCUGCCACUGGUCUCUGAGCUGCCCCCCCCGCCCCAAAGAGAGGUGCCUCCUCACACUGCCCAACAGGGGCCUGGGAAGCAUCCCUUGGCCAGCCCCAGAAGCACCAUUUGCCUGGGGAGCUUGUAGCCAGGGCUGCUGUAACAAACCGCCACGCAAGCCUUUGGGAGGCAGAGACGUGAGAGGGCAUCAGCAGAGAGAGGGAAGGAAAGAGGAACAGAGGGCAGUGUUUCCUGCUGUAUCCCUGGGUAACACCCUGGGUGACACCCCAGGGUGUCACAGCACACUGAUUGAAAACCACUGGUCUACCUGAUGGGCGCAGAUCUCCUGUUUGUGAACUUUGGCGCAGUCCUGUUAAACAUGGCAGUUUGUUCAGUGUCUGCAGUGCACUUGCCUCUCAAUGAGUUUUCCUUUCCUAGAAGACUUCUCCGACAGUGAUGAUGUUUUUGCCAAGGAAAUCACCAAGUGGAACUCAAAUGACUUUCUCGACACUCUAGAGCGACCCAUUGAGCCAGAUGAUGUUCUUGGUAAGAGAGCGGUUCAGGUGUUCCAUGCAGAAUAGAGUCUGCUCAUGGUGUGAGUGAAUUUGUGCAUGGAGGAAUAUCCACUGGUCUUUGGUAGUGCUUCUGGAGAUGCUAAGAAAUCUCAAACUCCAUAACUGCACAUCUCAGAUUCUGAAAAUGACCUAUGUUCUACACCAAGAGUCUCCAACUUCUAUGGGCCUGGGGGCAUAUGUGAAAAUCUAAGAAACUGCCAUAGGCACCACAGAAUAUUCAUUUCACAGAGCAAAAUCUGGAGCUUUUCAGAACCCCCUCCCCCCAAAAACAACAGACAGAACACACACAAACACUUGAAAACAAAUAAAGAACAAGCAAAAACAAGCACAUCCUCCACACACACAAAAACAUCCAACCCACACCCCCUCAAACCAACCAAACCAAUAAAACCUAAUUUGAAAAAAUAAUACCAGGGUGGUAUUGAAGCAUAAUCGUUUUCAUGCAGAGCUCUAGACUUCUCUGCUUAUUGCUACAAGAUCAUGGGGCACUGGCAGUAUAAUUCUGUCCCUUGAAGUACAGGUAACUCAGAGCUUAUGCAAGUUUUCAGUUCUAGGGGGUCUACUUGUAAAAAUGAAAUUGUGUAAAGUCAGGACCCCAGGAACUGGCCUCCCUGCAAGGUGGAGCACUGCUUACCAGGCUUUGAGAAGGAGGGACAAGGGCUCUGGGAUGCUGCUAGAGCCCUCAUACCACUUUCCCAAAAUUUGAUAAGUGAGGUGCUUUGCUUACUGGCCUUUGGGAGCUUUGCAGGGCCCUCCUGUGACUUUCCCAGAUCCCAGUAAGCAAGAAAAACCCACUGGAAUGUGUGGCAAUGAAUAAAUGGAAAAUGGGGAACAGUGGGUUCUCCCCUCCAUUUAUUUAUGUAUUCCCCCUCAUGAGUGCAUAGCUGCAAUCUUGUAAGUGAAAGCAGUACAAGUUGUCAAUUACCUGUGAAGGCCAUUCCCGUUCCAUUUGUGAUUUCUAUCCUUCGUGCCUCCCAUUGCUUUCUCUCUUCCUUCUCUGCCUGGUGCCAUUAACUAAAACAAUGUUGUCUUUGCAGUUGAUGCUGUGGCUGCCAAGCCAGACAGUGAUGGUGUCGUGGCACCUGGCCCACCAGAGGUGAGUGAACCCCUCGUCAUCAUACUGCCUUCCCACGUGGGUACCUUCAGAACCAUGGCGCCAAGUCAUGGGAGUGGGCUUGUGGUUACAGGACCAUUGUUGUUGUCUCCCAAGUCACUUUUCCAGAACCUCAACUUGACACCAGACCCAGUUCUACAUGUCUCUUUCCAUAGGCUGGCUCAGAAGGCAACUCCGGGACAUGCCGUAUCCAUGCGCUUUUCCUGAUCCUCCACAGCGGCAACAUCCUGGACCAGGGCGUGGGAGAGCCGGGCUCCAAACAGGCCGAUGUGCACACGCUCAGCGCCACCUUGGACACAGUCACCCGCCUACACUUCCCCGAGGCACUGGGGCACAUUGCGCUGCGCCUGGUGCCUUGCCCGCCUAUCUGUGCUGCUGCCUACGCCCUCGUCUCCAAGUAGGAAGCGUGUUCUGUCAGGCUCAAGAGCGCUUGGUGGGAGCAGGACUGUUCCCUUCUGACUGGGCUUUGGGCAGUUGAUUGUGCAGGAGCUCAAGGAGAGCGCUGGUGCCUUCUCCAGGCAGCUUGGAUGAGGAGCUAUCCCAAGCACUUUAUUCGGGGUGGGUGGGUGUUUUGGAGAAGUGGGUGAGGCGUGUGGUAGUGUAUGGUGCCUAGCGACAUGCAAAGGGUUCAGUGUGAAUAAUGUGCUACUGUGGAUAAGGGCCGAACUAGGGAUUGUGGUUUGGGUGAAGUAUUGAGACUUUGACGAGAGAUCUUAGAGCAGGAUUUUCAUGAGGUAAUUCUGUUCCCUUUUUUCAUAGGCCACCAUUGUAUAUAUAUUAGGGUGGAAAACAGUAAUUAAAAAGUAUGUGCAUAUAUAUAUAUAUAUAUAUAUGUAUGUAUGCUUUCCCCCAAAGUUCCCAUUUGCUGGCAGGUCAUCAGGGAGAAACCGUUGGCCCAAGAUCUCUUUUUAAACUGUGGUCAGAAAAGGGGCCUCCCUUUCUGAAUGGGCUGCCUGAAACUUCCUUAGGUUCUAGCCCUUAAAUCCAGAAGGUAAUCUGGAGUCACCUCCUGGGCUCAGUACCAAGAUCUGGGUGUUGUGAGAAUGAUCAGACCCUUGGUCUGAGAGCGUGUCUUGAUCGUUUCUCUCAUGGUCUCCUUUUCCAGACUCAGCCCCUACAGUCAUGACGGCGACAGUCUGUCCAGCAGCCAGGACCACAUUCCAUUGGCCGCUUUGCCUCUCCUGGCCACCUCCUCAGGCAGCUACCAGAAUGCCGUCGCAACCGUCAUUUCCCGUACCAACCAGGCCUAUGCCAAUUUCAUCCACUCUCCUGAUGGUGCAGGCUUCUGUGGCCAGGUCAGAGGGUCUGGAAUCUGAAAUAACUUUGAGGGGAAACCCUCUGUGCUCCAGUUGGAACAAGCAUUUUACCCUCUGUGCUAUGGUUUUGUUUUGCUUUAUCGUCUUUUAAAAAUAGAAUUAGGGUCUUUGCGGGAGGGGGGGGAGGAAUACUAGAUAAAAAAAUAUAUAUUUUGUUUUGUGAAGGUUCUGAGACAUCUCCAUCACACAACCCCAUUCUUUUAUAAAACUGCUGCCCCCAAUAUUCCUUGGCUUUCAACCACAUUGGUUAAAGCAGUGCAGUCUCCACUGGAUGCACUUCUCAGCUGUAGGAAAGGAGUGGGAAUGCAAGGCCUUGUUUAAGAGGCUGGCUUAAGCUUCAUGCUUCCUCUGAUUAAGCAAUGACUGCGGGGACGUUCCUUUCAUCAGUGGGGAACUAACUCUGUUCACGUCCCCCUUUAUAGGUGCUGUUGAUUGGGGACUGUGUUGGUGGAAUCCUGGCCUUUGAUGCCCUCUGCCACAGCCGUGCUGGUGGGUCAGGGAGUCGUGGGAGCAGUCGCCGUGGCAGCAUGGUCAGUUACUGAGCUGUGGUCCAUCCCUUCCUUUAUGCAUUUAUAAUCAGCUUUUUUCCUUACUUGAGCUCUGAGGGUUCUGGGGAGGAACAGGGAUUUGACAUGGGAGGGAUGAGGGAUUCUUCUGAUUUGGCUAGCAAGUAUUGCUUGCCCAAAAGUUCCUGAAGAGUUUGAAUUUGAUAUCCCGCUUUAUCACUACCCUAAGGAGUCUCAAAGCGGCUAACAUUCUCCUUUCCCUUCCUCCCCCACAACAAACACUCUGUGAGGUGAGUGGGGCUGAGAGACUUCAGAGAAGUGUGACUAGCCCAAGGUCACCCAGCAGCUGCAUGUGGAGGAGUGGAGAUGCGAACCUGGUUCACCAGAUUACAAAUCCACCGCUCUUAACCACUACACCACACUGGCUCUCCUGCCCUAGUAUAUAGCAGGUCAAGCCCAGCAUCCACCCCAUUUCCUCUUCGAGGCCUAGUAGGUUCUGUUACCAGAAGAAGGCCCUCCCUCUUUUAACAUUCGCUUACAAAUAGCAAAGGCUUUUGGAUCUCCUCAGUAGAACAGAGAUACACACUUGCUGAUAUUUUCCUUUUUCUUCAGAGUACUGAGCUGCUUUCUCCGGAGACUUCUGUUGUGCGAGACCCCCUGCUUGAGAGGGCAGAAGUGUGUGGAGUGGGCCGCGCCAGUCCUGAGCCCGGGGCACUUCCCUCCAUCCAGAAACCCAGUGACAACGUGACGCAGGAGGGCGAUUCCUCACAACAACAACAGCAGCAGUUCUUGACCAGGUGAGGCAAUGUGGGAAUUUGGUCUGCAAAGCAGACUGUCCUAUUAGGUUAAAAGAAUUGGUUACAAUUAGACUAGUGCCCAUUGGGGUUGAAAGUGUGGUCAAAUGUGCACCCAUUCAUAGCAUAGCGCUUCUGACACCCAGGACCUGAUAAGGAGCUUCCUCUACCCCACCAGAACAGCCUCAGAGCAUCUCCUUUUAUCCAAAACCCCGCACCCCUUAGGGAAACUCAAACUGCUGCCAAGUGUACAAAUAAAAGCUAAAUCCUUCCCAACACCUACGGCAAAUCGUCAAACAAUUAUAAACAGCAAAAACAAUAAUAGCGAAGAUACAAUUCAUAAAAUGCUACUAACCACACAAAAAGGUUGUUGGAGCGUAGAUCCUCGUGCCUUAUAAAAUUAGAAAAGGCACAAAUAUAGCUGACAAUAUUACUAACAAGGAUUACUCUUUCCUUCCUAUCUUGGUGUUAAUCCUCACAUGUAACCCUAUCAUACGCACUUUUUCUGCCCCACAAUUGCCUUCUUGGGUCUCCUUAAGAUUAUUUUAUACUAAAACAAUGUUAAAGUUGUGUGACUGCACUUGCGUUCAUAAACCUUUCCUGAUAAAUUAGAGGCAGUGUGUCCCCCUGUCUGAAAAGAGAGGAAGGUGAAAUAUUGAUCUAAAUUAAUGAAAUAGGAGGGCUCUCAGAUAUAGAAAUAGCUGGCUUUGUGUCUGCUAAAAGAAAUUUACAAGCUGUCUAAAGCUGAAUGGGUGCACACACAAAAAUGCCACGUAUUCACAAUUUUUUUUCUUUUUUAAAAAGAGGGAAAAUAAAGGCGACUCUGAUUUUGGGUGGUAGGGGUGGGUGACAUCUGAGAAGUGGGGACGGCACAAGUCCAUUUAUGCUUCUUUGCAUGGGGAGAGGAAACAAAGAGAUCAUGUGAUCUUUCAGGCAACAGAGAAAAAUGCUGGCCUGGUGGAAACCUACAUAUAGGCCCUUCACAGGGAAGGUGGUUCUGGUGGGGGAGAGAGAGCGUAGGAGCUGUGGGCUGUUUCCUGGCAGUGAUGGAAGUCUUCUCCUGCCAUCUCCAGCCUGCAGGCUGGCAUGCCUGCCUCGGAGGCAGAAGGAGACCCUCGACGUAGCAGCAACUCGUCAUCCUCGAUGAUAGAGACCUUUGAGGGGCCAAGCACAGUUGGGAAGCUGGAGUUCAAGGUGUCUGGUUUCUUCUUGUUUGGCUCGCCCCUGGGGCUGGUUCUUGCACUCCGCAAGACGGUGAUGCCAGCACUGGACGGUAAGGGUCCUUUCCCCCUCCCUUGUCUUCCUUUCGCCUUUCCCCUUCUGCCGAAGCAGGAUUCCUUACCCUUUCUCUUUCCCCUCUUCAGUGGCCCAGAUGCACCCAGCCUGCGAGCAGGUCUACAACUUGUUUCACGCGGCUGACCCCUGCGCCUCGCGCCUGGAGCCUCUGCUGGCCCGCCAGUUCCAUGCCGUGCCGCCCUUUGGCAUACCCCGUUACCAGAAAUAUCCACUGGGCGACGGAUCGUCCACGUCACUGGGUGAGAAGAGACGCCAAGACUAGCCUUGGACAUGCUUGGGAAAUGUGGUGUCCCUUUGGGGAGUAUGGGGGAGUGUGGAAGGAAAUGCUACAGUAUCUUGAUCUUCAAAUGGUGGGUUGUGGGAUCCCUUCCUGGGGUGCAGCCUGAUCUGAGAUGAGUUGCAGCAGCAGCAGCCCUACCCUAAUACAAAUGUGUGUAUAAUUAAGAAGUCGGUCCCAGAAUGCACAUUUUGACUAAAUAUGGGUUCUGAAUUGGAAGAGUCCUGCUACAGCAGGAGUGAGAUAUGGGAGCUCAGUGAUGCUGGGACUUUUGGAGAUGUGACAUUGGGUGGUCUCCCAUGUUCAUUUGUGUUGAAGAACGCCAGGCUGGAAUUGCACGGGGGCAGUACUGGGGUGGUGGAAAAGUUAUUUUUAUUUUGAAAUAUGGGGUACCCUGGGUGGGUAUCAGUUCUAGGGAGCACUAGCAUUCUGUGAAGAAGUAAAGGAAGUCAUGCAUUCAGCCACGCACAGAAUUUCAGCAGGGGCAACUAUUCAAAAGGCUGGGCAUCAAUGGACAAAUUGCACCUGCCUUGGCCUAAAACUGUUUCAGAGCAGGAUGGCUGGAUGGUUUGAGUCACGGUAGGGGAGGGUAACAUUUAUUUCAAGCAUUUUACUCUGCUGCUCAGCCAAAAAGGCUCCCAGAACUGAUCAGCAGUAAACAAGACAGUCUCCACCUGCAGGAAGGGCUGGCUUGCCACAAAGGCUGAGGUGAGAGCAAGAGGCAGCAGCUGUUGUGGGAGCAGCAGCCGCAGCCCCUGGCUGUUCCUCUUGAGUCCUGCUUUCCACCUGUCCGUCUGCUACAGGCGGUUUGAAUGGCUGCUGCUACAGGACAGUUGAGGGAUGAAAGGGCCCAAUAGAGCUGGUUUCCCAGCGGAGCCAACAGUGCAGUCCCUGCUUCCCACUCCUUCCUUUGCAGCAGCCAGAUGGAAUGGCUCCAUGUUCCCCUACACCAAAUGCUCCCUGCAAAUAGAAAACUAGCCUAAAAGCCCAGAAAAGGUGGGCUAGAUCCUUUCUGUGCUGCACUGGUAUUUGCAUAGAUUUUUGUAUGUUUCAUUUUUAAAUGCAUUUUUACAUGGUCUGCAGUUUGAAGUGACACGACCCAUUCUACGGCUUGUUCCCGCCUCAUUUGACUGCAUGCAUAGACCCAGCCUUAGUCCUCAUCCUCAGCAUAAAAACAUAUUCUUCUAUGAGUGGUGUGGUAUACAUGCCCAUAUAUGGGUGGCCACCCCUGGCACAGCUAGUGUCUCGAAAGCUUCAACCGUUAGGCUCAAGGAGGAAGUACCCCUCCCACCUUGUAGGAGGGGAAGUUCCUCUGUUCUUUUUCAGACGCAAACCACACAAAUUAUGAACCUCUGUUCUCCUUCUGCUCUGAGAGCAGUAAUAUAAUGAAGCAUAUAGGUUUUGUUCAGUCAUUCCCCCCCCUUUUAGCUUUGAAUAAUUUUGUUGUUCAUCUGUGUUUGUAUUAUAUGCUGGGAGCUAUGCCUGUGAUCAUUCCACUUGUCAACCCCGCUUUGAUUUAGCUGCCUACGAGAUGGAGCUGAAUCCUUCAUGAUUUAUUUUUUUAAAUAUUCAUGGAACAGGGCAAACAGGAAUGUGAGAAUUGGCAGGAUUGAGCACUCAAAUGACUGUAAAUACACACACACACGCUGUGCUGCUCCUCCUUCUGCUUGCCAAUCCCCUGCCAUGCCCGCGCCUUCUCCUUGCUUAUAUUCCGCAGCCCCCUUUGUGCACACCCCCAUGAUGAUAUCUUUAAGACAAAUAGAAUCUGAAUACCAAGCCUGUCAGCUUGUUCAGUCGCAGAAGGCGAUAAGUUCUGUUGGUGGGUGUUGUGUAUGUAUGGGUGUUUGCUAGUUAAUAAAAUACCUGUUCUGAAUUAAUACAACGAAUCCAGAACUUCCAUGUUAAAGACAACACAUGGUACCAGGAGUGGCAUACAAUGUGUAGAGGUACUAAGGGAUAUUUGAGGGCUCUGCAUCCUUUAUUUCUGUCACAUGAGACAGCUGAAGAAUGGAAGACAGUGAAGUUUGAAUAUAGCAGGAAGGGAGAGACACCAAAAGGAGAAAAAAAGGGGCUGUUCUAAACAAGGGGAGAAGUUUAAGUAAAGGUGGGGAUAGAGAGAGACACUGAGAGGAAAAUGAUGGGUUUAAAGAACAGCAGAGGUUUUAGUAAAGCAGGGAUGAAGCGACUUUGAGAGGGGGGGAAUAGUGAUUUUAAACAGUGGCAAGUCGGCAUUUCUUCAGAGGCACAGUACUUGGAGGGCACCGCACACAAGACCAGUGGAAGGCUGGGAGGGAUUGGGGGAUGUGUUAUAAUUGCCAUACUCACCUCUGUUUACCUUUCCAUUUGGCCUAGCUGAGGCCUUGCAGAGUCACUCUUCCCUCUUCAUGGAUGAAUUAGACCUUGUGACACCACCCACUCCAACUAGUGCUUUUGGGGGUUUCUGGAAAGGGAAUGAGGCAACCACGUGUGAGACUACUAUAACCAGCACCAAUGAAGUUGUGAAGAGUAAGUUACAUGUUGUUUGUCCUCACCCCCCCCCCCAAUUUCUAUGCAAACACAGUUAAAUUUGGCUUCCUGUCUACUUUUCAUCCAAGUGCAUUUAUGAGGCCAUUUGAGGAGGGAAAGUUAGGGCUUUUCUCUCCUUAAUGUUUAAAAAUCCGUGUUUGUUUUCUUGUUUUUUAAAAUGAUGCUCAUUACUUUUUGCACCAGAAAUUAAUCAGCUCUUUCUGUUUUAAACACUGCAAACAGUUGAUUCUAACAAAGUGUUACACACAUCCGUUUGGUUGAAGUACUUGUAACAUAUUGCCUGUAUGGUCACUAACAAUCUGUGGGGGUGUCUUUCCUGUGCUCCCCUCAUAACUUAAAAUGUUGGUGCAUAAAGCUCUUCCUUGAUGCUCAGCAGCUCAAAAAGUGUAUUAGGCCGGCUUUUCUGAAUUCAUGAACUGAAUCCUAACUGCAGAUUCAGACUGGAACCCUGAACAAUGUUUCUUGUGUCUGUGAGUCAAAUGAGUUCAUUUUGCAAGGAUUGAAUAUUUGCUGUGCUGCCAAGAAAAGGCUUGUUCUUUGACUGGCCACCCAAAUUUGACAUUGCUACCAUAGCCUGGGCAUAUUGUGGCCUUUUGUGUCACUUGUGAUCCCACAUUCUGAACUGAAGUGCUUUCACACUCUUCUGGCUCUGCCAAGCCACUGAGCUAGUGCCUGACAUACUAAUAAAUCCAAAAUCUGAAUUAUAAUGAACAAAGAGUAAAAGGCUGUAUUCCUGUGCGCAGCCAGUUUGCUUAAAUUCUAGUGAAGUAGAAUUGAAAGAGCCCACUGAAAUGAAUGGAAUUUAAAGAUUACAGGCCAAGAUAGUAUUUGCAUUUAAUGUUCGGGGCUUCUUCUUUUUUAAAAUGCAAAUACAGUGGAAUCAGCACUCAAGGGAGUAGUUGAUGAUUGGCAUUUGCUUUGUAGGGGAAAUCUCAAUUUCAGAGGAGGGUUUAUUUUUAGGACUGCAGCAGUUGAGGAACAAGUUAAAUUCACCUGCUGUGAUCCCAAUAAUUAUUUGUGCCCCAAACUGACCUGAUUUCUGGUUUUUUGUAAACAACAACAAACAAACAAAGCUGCAUGUUAAAUGCAAAGAUGAAACAUGUACAUAAUAAAAUAUUUUGGCCCUUUGGAAACCUGUUCUCUCUAGUUUUCCCCCUGCAUCCAUUUCCUUCCCUUCCUUUGGGGGAUGGGGGUGUUAUCUAGGGGCAGAGGAAUCUAGCACCAUAUCCCAAGCCCUGUUGUCUUGCUUUGGCCAGGGAAGAAGGUCUCUACAGGGCAGUUCUUUUUAUUUUAUUGCUACACGAGCCCCAGGCUGGUGUCCUGAGGAUUGGGAUUCUCAGGUCUUUGGCCCUCAUGCCUGUCCUUGAAAACACCCUGUAUCAAGGCUUUUCUCCUGCUACCACUGGCGGGAGAACUGCCAGCAGCAGUUCUUUGUCUGCCAGGGCAUAGCUGGGACCUCUGUUGUGGCGCAGGCCCCCCCUACCCCAAGAGCACUACUCCCCAGUAGCAGAAACCAGCAGAGAGGCCAUCAACGUAGGCAGGCAGGGCUGUGCUCUUAGACUGUGAAGGACUGGUUGAUGAUGCAGAUGUUGCCAUAUCCCUAGCAGUGCCAGUGUUAUUAUUGUCUGACGGACUUGAGGCCUCGGAGAAUGUGACGAGUAGGACUUGUUUAUUUGUUGGGGAGGAAGUAAAGGUAACAGGAAAUGGGCAGACAAAGUACAAGCAGCCGCAUGAGUGUAGUUCACAGCUGAAGUGAGGAGACAAAUGGGGCCACCCUAACAACCGUUUCUCUUCCCUCCAUGUCUAGUUCUGGAUCGUUGGUGGGGUGCUAAACGCAUUGACUACUCUCUCUAUUGCCCCGAGGCAUUGACGGCCUUCCCCACCAUCACCCUCCCUCACCUUUUCCAUGCCAGCUAUUGGGAAAGUGCCGAUGUGGCGGCUUUCAUCCUGCGCCAGGUACCAGGGCUGUGGGCAGGUGGAAAUGUCGCUGUGCUGGGGAACAGGGUGUGGUGGGCUCUAAUUGUUCCUCUAAUGGGAAACUGGCAUCUAAAAAUAGGUUUGUGCAGUAGAGGGGAGGGGCAUAUAGGAGGAAACCUAACCCAGGCAGGGGACAUGGGAGUAGAAAUAGAGACUUGGGUGGAUAAAAUUUGCACAGGCACCUUUGGUGGUAGGUGAGUGCUACCUUGCAUAGUUAAGUGCAACUGCGAUGUAAAUUUUGGAGUGGAUGUGGAUUUUGAGGAGGAUUCUUUUCUUUCGGUACCUGGGUGGAUUAUGGAACAAGAUGUUGGAUCAGCUGAACACUUUGCAAGGAGAUCCUAACUGCUGGGUAAAGGCUUGUUUUGUUAUGCAGAGCAAAACAGAGCACAGCCCCCAUGUGCUAGGGGCAGGCAUGGACUCCUGGUUUGGAGAAACCAAACCAAAAACAACACAGGAGUUUGUAGGAGUGGCUCACCAGUAGAGCACAAGCUUCGCAUGCAGAAGGUCUUGGGUUCGAUCCCUGUCAUCUCCUAGGUAGAAGGGAUCAAAUAAUGGGAAAGGCCUGUGACUGAGACCCUGAAGAGCUGCUGCCAGCCAGAGUGGACAACACUGGGCUAGAUGGACUAUUAGGCUAAUGAUAUUUUUGUGUCACAUGCCAGCAAAUUCAGGUUAAUAAUAAUAAUAAUACUUUAUUAUUUCUACCCCGCCCAUCUGGCUGGGUUUUCCCAGCCACUCUGAGCGGCUUCCAACAAAAUAUUAAAAUACAAUAGUCCUUCAGAUAUUAAAAGCUUCCCUAAACAGGGCUGCCUUCAGAUGUGCAAUUAAAGGUUGUGCAAUUAAAGCUGAUUUGGACUUCCCCAAAGAUCUGACUUUUUGCAAUAAGGAAGGUGACAGGAAAAUGUGCUGGAAAAUGUAUCACAAUGUAGCCUACCCUUCCCUGAAGCAAAUUGGAGGAAAAGGCUCAUUAAAUAGCCUACACUGUGUAUAACCUUCCUUCAAACUAAUCAGGAUGACUUCUCAGUCAGGAUGCCAUUUGGAAGUGCCCUUAGUAUGCUCUGUUGCGAAGCAGCUAGAGGUUCACAUUUUGAAUCUAUUUAGGAAGGAUAUAACAGACAAAGGGAGCAAUGAAACUGUCCACUUUAAUCUGCCCAGUGUCUGUAUAUUAUGAUUGUGGCUGAAACUCUAGGAGUUGGUGCCUGUGAAUGGCACUCCUGAAGCCUGGCCCUGAUGUUCCUAUGUGUUUGCAGGUGAUUGAGACAGAGCAGCCCCAAGUGACAGAGAAUGAGGAGAGUUCCAUCUACAGCCCAGCAUUUCCUCGUGAAAAGUGGCAGCGGAAACGAACACAAGUGAAGAUCCGGGUAUGGAGCUCUGUCCCCCACGGUGGCUACCUUGCCUCUAACUCACACGUGCAAGUGGGAAAUGGGACUCUGGCUUGGGCUGGGGCACUGUGUCUUCAGGGAAAGGAAUAUGAGCUGAUCCUAUUCCUUCCACAGCUAAUAGCCUUCAGGAUAACUUCAUGGAUGCUACCAUAUCAUCACAGCUGUUGUCUCUCUUCCUGCCUCGCCCUCUGCCACUUGCCAAAAACAUGGUUGCCGUUUUCAUUCACAAAGGAAAUCACACCAUUUUAUGUAGAAACACAUCUUUUUGCAAGAUCCAUUUGGAGCAUAAGAUUUAGGUUUUCUUGCUUUAAAAUUGAGGGUGGGGAGGACAACUUUAUUAGCUUGUGCUGGUGGUGCUGUGGUCUAAACUACUGAGCUUCUUGGGCUUGCUGAUUGGAAGGUUGGUGGUUCGAAUCCCUGUGACGGGGUGAGCUCCCGUUGUUCUGUCCCAGCUCCUGCCAACCUAGCAGUUCAAAAGUACACAAGUGCAAAUAGAUAAAUAGGUACCACUGCGUCGGGAAGGUAAACAGUGUUUCCGUGUGCUCCGGCUUCUGUCACUGUGUUCCAUGCUGGCCACAUGACCUGGAAAGCAGUUUGUGGACAAAAGCCGGCUCCCUCAGCCUGAAAGCGAGAUGAGUGCCGCACCCCAUAGUCACCUUUGACUGGACUUAACCGCUUUCACAAACACCUGCCUGGCUUGUCAUGUUAGGUGAUGCUAAUGAAGCCUUUGAACAACAAAGAGACGUCUUGUCGUUUUUUGCUCUAGGUCUAGGAGACAAAUGCUGCUGCUCUUUUAAAGGUUCAGGUGCUGCUCCAUGACAGUGUAGUGAGAAAUGGGCAGGCACCUGUCUGGGUGGGGCUGAGAUGGGUUUGGGUACUAGGACUUGGAGGAAGUAUGGCAGCUCAGGGCUGUGUAGGUUGCAGAGCUAAAUGCAAAACUCUAAUAGCAGGUUGUAAUGCAUAAUUCAGAACAUGAAUGUAGGUGGUAUUUGAAUGAAGUUUCCCUCAAGCAAUUGUGAUGAUUUUGAAGGUUUGACAAUUGUUCCAGGGAACAAGAUCAUUCAAUAAGAAGCAAAUACUCUUUUAUGUUUGUUACUGCUUAAAACGUUUUUGUUUAGGCAAGCCUAUCCAGACUUGUAGAUGUUGACGUGCUUUAAUUUAUUUUACUGUUGGUUUUAAUUACCUUACUGGUUGUAAUUCAACAUUGUGCUCUUCCAAUUGUUCCAUCUGGACCAGCAUUUCAGCUUACCAGAUGGAACGAUCUCCAUUUCCUCCCUCCAUGUGUUGUUCUGGGCGUUCUCUGAACUCCCACCCAGAGCCAAUUUGUGGGGGACGACACAGGGGUGAGGGGGGAAGCCGCAUUGUAGAAGUCAAAAUCCUUGUGUAGGGUUUCCACUGAUGGCACUGGUUAGGUGAAUCCUGCCUUCAACGUUUUUAAUUGUUUUAACCGUUUUUUAUUGGUCAUUUUAAUAUUUCUUGUAAACCACUUAGAUGUUUUACUGCAAUCAAGUGGUAUAUAAAUUGUGUUAAAUAAUAAUAAAAAACACCUCACAGAGGAAGGGUGAUUGCUGCCUUUUCCUGUCAAGUACAGUGUAAGGUGGUUUUGCUUUUAAUAUGGCAACCUCAGCACAAGAAAAAAUUGUGGUUUUUGUUACUGGUUCCUACAAAUGCACUCCCACAUUGCCUAGAAGACACCCCAACCAGGGAAAGGGGCACUGUUCCCACAGCUGUAUUUCUGAUUCACUAUGUAGGAAUGCAUGCAGAGCAGGGUGGGGAACCUGUAUCCCUCCAGAUGUUGUUGAACUCCAGGCAGCUCCCAUCAGGCCCAGCUAGAACAACCAAUGGCUAAGGAAGAUGGGAGUUGUAGUCCCAACAUUUGGAGGGCUGCAGGUUCUCCAUCCUUGUUUUAUAGGAGUAGAUAGCCACCAUAUGGUGAGAUUUCCCUGCCCCCUCAAAAGCAAUGUAAAUUUCCUCUCAUGAGUGCAUGUUAGAAUUGCUGCGUUCUGUAGCCAGCAGUGUUCUCUAGCCCAGAUCCAAUUCCUGUGUUUUAAUGUCCCCUUUUGCUGAGGUGAAAUUAGUAAAAACUGCUUUACCCCUUUGGUUUACAGAAUGUGACAGCAAACCACCGCGCCAGUGAUGUCAUUGUGUGUGAGGGGCGACCCCAGGUCUUCAGUGGGCGCUUCAUGUAUGGCCCACUGGAUGUGGUGACUCUGACUGGGGAGAAGGUAACAAAAAGCGUAGCUACAAGGGGGUUCGGGGGCAUUCUGAAGACAUCAGCAGUAAAAGCAGUAGGGGGCAGCAGACCAGAAUGGAGCAGGCCAUAUGGGUGGAAAUUAUGGAGGAGGAACAAGUACAGGCCACAUGAGGGCCAUGGGCCAUGUCACAAUGAGUCCUGAGGAGGCAGGGCAUGGAUAUUUCCCAUAGGGGCUGAGGAGCUGUAAGGAAAAGGGGAUAAAAUUAGUGUUAAAUCAAAAUGAAGCAGGGAACUUUCAGAUGGGGUGUGUGGGAUGAAGGAUAUGAACAGCACCUGCUGUCAGGGAUUAAGGGGGAAAUCAUGCCUCUCCCCCUUCAGACUCGGAAAAGGUAAUGACUCACCAACCCUUAGAGAUUAGCUGAGCUUGGGGACAGGUAACGCAGUAUAAGAGGAUUGUGCAGUGAAGUGAACAUUGCUGCUCCCCUUGAUCUCUUCCCGAAGGUGGAUAUCUACAUCAUGGCACAGCCACUGUCAGGAAAAUGGGUGCACUAUGGCACAGAGGUGACAAGUGGCAGUGGCAGACUCUCCUACACCCUCCCUGAGGAGAAGAUGCUGGGCAUUGGCAUGUACCCUGUCCGAAUGGUAGUGAGGUGAGUGUGUGGUGAACCCUGUCCUGUGGUUGACCUUUUGGAGCAGAAAUCCUAUCCUCAGUCCAGCCUGGCUUAUGACCACAAGACCUCAAGGAUGGCCUCUCUCCAUAUGAACCAACCUGGAACCUGUGGUCAUCAUCGGAGGCCCUUCUUCACGUGCCUCCUCAAUGAGAGGUCCAGAGGGUGGCAACACGAGAACAGGCCUUUUCUGCAGUGGCUCCCCACUUGUGCAAUGCUCUCCCCAGGGAGGGUCGUCUGGCGCCUUCAUGUUUUGGCUCCUCCGAUAGACUCACCGGCCACCCCCAAUUCCUCUACGCUGGCGGUGCUGGCAGCAGCAGUCCUGGCAGCCCGGGAGUCAGCCAGACAGAGCCGUUUACUCUGGCUGGCUUCAGGAGCUGUUUUCUGCCAUUGCAGCCGCCAUGACCGUCUGGCGCCUUCAUUACAUAUAUUUAGGCAACAAGCAAAAACAUUCCUCUUGUCCCAGGCCGUUGGCUAAUUAAACCAUCUAUGGCCUUUUAAACUGGUGUGUGUGUGUGUUGUUUAUUCCUAUGUUAUGUAUUUUUGUGUCUUUAUAUUGUCAACCACCCAGUGAUCCUUGGAUGAAGGGCGGUAUAGCAAUUUAAUAAUAAUAAUAAUAGAGAUUCUGGCUCUGGGACCAAGUGGAUCACCAUUUGUUCCUGGCAGAGGCCUUAUACAUGGUUCACAUUGGUAGGAUGUCUCAUUUGCCAUAGUUGAACUGCUUGACCUGCCUCUUCCUUGGUUUUCUGAAGCUAUAGGGAGAAGCCCCACCAGCCUUCUGGGGUCAGUCAUCUCUGUCCCUGUGUAGGGUCUUUGAGUGUGGUGGCUAUGCACUGGCGAUUCUGAGAGGAGGGGCACUUGCUGGUGGGUUUCCUUCGUUGUGCUUCUCUCCACAGGGGUGACCACACCUAUGCCGAGUGCUUCCUAACUGUGGUAGCGAAGUCCACACCAUGUGUUGUUUUUAGUAUUGAUGGCUCCUUCACGGCCAGUGUCUCUAUUAUGGGCAGCGACCCCAAGGUGCGCGCUGGUGCUGUUGAUGUAGUAAGGUAGGUAAUAGCCCUUCCUGGGGAUCUCAUACCUCUCCCUGACCUGGUUGUCACUUCCCCCUUUCCUAUUGACUCUGAAGGGUGGGGGGGUGUUGAUGAUAAUCUCUCCACAACGCUGUCUUCUGGACUUAUUUAUUUCUUCAAAAUUCGCUUUAUCACAAUUCAUCAAGAAUUUUGAGCUGCAGAGACUGGUAUGUGAAUGCUCAGCAGAGUAAGAAAUCAAACUUGACAGCAUUCAUGUCCCCCACCACCAUCCUUGAGUCUGCUUAACUGUGAAAGUUCAGUUUUCUCAGCAGAGUGAAAAUGUGUAAAAUAAAUUUUAAAUCCUCACUCUUCAAGACUUAAUAAAAGCUUGAAGCACCAAUUAUGGAAACAACUCUACUCCCCGCCCCCAAAUUGUCAUAUCUACAUCUGUAUAUCUCAGUGCCAAAAUGCUGUCAAGGUGGAUUUAUUGAAAGAAGGUUUUGUCGGAUGACUGGAUUUUAUUUUGAUACUCACAUUUGGCUAAACUAGAGUUGAUGUCUGAUAGGUGAUGAAGUUUAUAAGGAGAUAUUUCUGCAGAUCACAUUGGCUGCAUCCCCUCAAAAUACAUCUGGUACAUUGUGCCACUUCACUCUUAACCUUGUUGUACAAAAGGAAAUCACUUCUUCAUGCAGCAAACAACAUGAGAAGUGGAGAGGGCUUGACAUUAAAAAAAAGAGCGAGAUUAGUCCUACACCCCAGAAGGCACCCUGAAUGAAUGAAUGAAUGAAUGAGCCACCCAAUUGCCACAAAUAAUCCUUCUUUGCCCCUUUAGGCAUUGGCAGGACUCUGGUUACAUGAUCAUCUACGUGACGGGGCGUCCAGACAUGCAGAAGCACCGUGUGGUGGCCUGGCUUACCCAGCAUAACUUUCCCCAUGGGGCCGUCUCUUUCUGUGAUGGGCUCACGCAUGACCCUCUUCGACAGAAGGCUGCCUUUCUACAGGGCCUUCAGCAGGAGGUAUGUAAGCGUUCACCAAGGGUUCAGAUAUAAUUUUGGGAAGGGCUGCAGCACAACUGAGAGAGGCCCAUGCGUGUGACUCUGACACACCUUGCAGUGCCUCUGAGUGCAGUGGAAAGAGCACCACAGGAGAAAAAGUGUGGGAGAGAAGUCACCGAUGUCUUCAUCCAUUUAUUGCAGGCAGAGGUGACCAUAGUGGCUGGCUAUGGAUCCACCAAGGAUAUUUCAGUCUACAGUUCUCUAGGGCUUCCCGCAUCUCAAAUCUACAUUGUGGGCCGGGCUGUGAAAAAACUGCAAAGCCAGUGCCAGGUAUGGAGUUUUGUUUCACAAAAAGCGUUGCCUCAGCUGCAGGCUGGGGGCUCCUCAGGCUCUGGGGCCUACAGGGCUUGUUGCUCCCUCAGGGAGGGGAGGUGAAGAACAGAGCAAGCGUCAGCUGCGUUCUCCUUUCUCCUUGCAGUUCCUGUCAGACGGCUACGUGGCACACCUGGCACAGCUGGAAGCGUCAUCUCUUGCCCACUCACCGAAGGGGACGACAAGGCCCACGCUGGGCAAAGGCAGCUACGGCUGCCCUGCUCCCGUCGACUUCCUGCGCAAGCAGAGCCAGCUGCUGCGUUCAAGGGGGCAGAGUCAGGCCGAGCGAGAGGGGCAAGGGAACGCCCAGCCCCGAGCCAAGACGCGCAGCGUUAGCCUGAAGUUGGAGAGUGAGGAGUGAGCCCGCCGUGGGGUAGUCUCUGCAUUUUCUGACUCGCAGUGGCUGGUGCCAGGGCUGGGCCUGUGAGAGGCCACAGUUGUGAGAGAAAGGGGCCAAGAAUACUAGGUAUGGUUGGUCAGGGGGAAGAGUGAGAGAGGGGGCUCUGCCCAGCAGAGGCCGCAAGCUGGCAUACAGUGCCACAAGGAUACGGAGGAGAGAACUUCUAUAUAAUCCCAAUAAUGGGAUUGCUUCCAUUCCCAUUAGUUCCAACUCCUGCCUGUUCUGUUUUGUGGUCUCUUCUGACCUGCAGUUCAGCCAGUGUUCCUCAAAUCAUACCCUCUGGGGAUUAUGGGGUGGGAGGGGGGGGGGAAAGGGACAAAUGGGGGUGGGGAUGUUCAUAUUACCCUGACUUAAAAGUGUGCUACGUUGCUUGUGAAUUGACUGUUCACAUUCCUCCCCCUUUUCAAAUUAUUGAGGUCUGGGAUAUAUAGUAUUCCACUCUCCCCAUUUGAUGCCACGUGAGGCAGUAGUGGGUCCAGCCCCAACCAUCUCCCAGGUCUUCCUAUAUCCCUCUGUGGCUAAGGUUAGGGUGGGUGGUUAGGGAAAUAUAUACAUCAGGGAUCCCAGCUGCCCCUUUCCUGCAGAGGUUGAGCGCCUUGCUCCAGUCCCUAGUGCCGUUUCUCAGUCCAAUCCUGCCUGUGCCCCGGUCUUUGGGUGUCUGCAUGAUACUGCCCUCCUGUGCAUGUAUUGUGUCCAGUGUGAGAGCACAGGAUAGCCAUGAAUAAGGAUGAAUCCAUACUUCCUUCCUGACAAAGGAGGGCUUGGUAUUUAUUUCAAUGUGUCAGAAUUGCCGGGAAGUCGAAUCCUGUUUUGGAGGAUUUGUGGGGGUUUUACAUUUAUCUUUAAAUGUGUUAUAAAACUGAACAAAUAAAAUAAAAUCAAAAAGUGAAGAGUG